AUGGCAGAACAGGCUGCACAGGAGCCCGCCACGGACUGGCAGGACCUGCCUGCCGUCGUCAAGGUGGACCAGCAGGCUGAGGUGUGGCGAGACGUGCUCGACUUCAAGGUGCGGCAGCAGCGCACGGCGGCCGAGCGCGAGGAGGGCGGCAGUGCGGGCAGGCGGUCCGGCGGGUGGGAGAUCGUUGGCUGCUCGCACGCAUCGGAGUGCGGCAGCCCCGCCAGGACGAUCCCGGGCAGUGAGUUCGGAUUCAGCGAUCACGCAGGGGGCCAGACCGACCUGACACCGGCCUUCCAGGAGGCGCACGCCAGGGCACUGGCGGAGAUAGAGGCGCUGGAGGCGGCGGAGAGGCAGGGCGACCGCCAGGACUAUCCGCCGCGCGGCGCCACCCCCCUCCCCGUCUCCACCGACGACGGCCAGCUGGCGCCCCCCCAGCCGGCCCAAGUCCUCAGUGUGUCCAGCGGCAGCGCCUGCGGCACGCCGCUCGCCUCCGGCCAUUUUGGCGACCUCGGCAUCGAGGAGGUGCUGGAGGUGGCCGUGCUGUCAGAGGGCGCGGACGAGGGCCUGGAGGCGUGGGACUGCCAGCAGGGGGAGGGGUACGUCUCGGGGGAGGAGGUGGGCAGCGUGGGGGGCCGCAGCGCGAGGUCGGAGCCGGACAGCCGCGAGGCGAUGGUGGACCUGCAGGAGAUGUCGCAGGAGGGGUCUCUGGACGGCAGCUACUGGCCGGAGUGCGGCGCGGAGGAGGUGGAGGUGCUGAAGGCAAACCCCCUGCCGGGCGUGGAUAGCUUCGAGGACAUAAAGUCCACUGAGGGAGCUUUCAGCGAGUUGUCGUUUGAAAGCCCAAAAUGCGCACAACGUGGCAUCCAGCCCAACUCUGCAGUGGAAGAGCUGCCCAAGCUUGAGGCGCCAGUGAAGGAGGAAAGCGAUGCUGCACUGACGGAAGAAGGGAAAUCCCUUGAGGUGGCCACAGACCUGGCUGGAGGGUUGUUCUGGAUGUGGCCCAGGGUACACCAGAUUGCUCAGCGCUGGACAGCUCUGGCGAUGGGCCUCCUGCCGAGUGGAAUGGUGCCCCAUUGGCUGAGCAUGGCCGAUGUUGCAAUGCCCAGUUUGGACUGGAAAGGGGUGGCUUAUGGUGCCGGCCUGGCGGUGCUGUCAGCCAUGGUUGUGGGCCUUGUCUUCCAAAACAGGAGGCUCCACAAUGAGGUCAGGAAGAAGCAAGAGGAAGUCACGCGCCUCAUGAAGGCCGUGAUGAAUUUCCAGGAGCUGUGGUCGACCCACCGCACGGGGAAGACGCCCAUCCUCCGCCACACCAAUUUCACCCACAUUGAGCCUCACCAUCAGCCAUUCUAA